CCAGCAGACAAUCACAUCACUAAUUCUGGGAUUAAUUAGGAUUAUAUUUAAUUCGGACAAGAUAGAAUAGCUCAAGACAUUCAUUGUAAGGUAACCAUUAUUGUCCCUCCCUGCAAUCAAGAAAUUUUUUUUUCAAGCAAAAAUGAAGAAAGCAGAGGUGGUGUUGAUCCCCCUACCUGCUAUGGGUCAUAUUGUAGCACUAGUAGAGGUAGCUAAGCUUCUUGUUCAACGUGAUGAUCGCCUAUCCACAACUGUCUUCGUAAUGCAUCCAACUCUUGAUCCUAGCACCACCAAAUAUACUGAAACACUUGCUGUCUCAACUCUCCCUGAUCGUAUGCGAGUCAUUAACUUGCCAAAUCUUGAGUCCAUAACAUCUGCUACCAAAGGUCGUCACAGCUGGCUAACGUGUUUGAUAGAAGGCCAAAAAUCUCAUGUCAAAGAAUAUGUAUCCAAGAUUAGAACUCAGUACGAGUUGAAUCCGGAUUCUCCUCGACUUGCUGGGUUCAUUUUCGAUACUUUUGCUACUGGGAUGAAAGAUAUGCCUAAUGAAUUUGGAGUUCCAUGGUAUGUUUUUUCUGCUUCGGGUGCAGCUUUUAUUGGCAGCAUGAUGCAUCUUACUGCUCUUCAUGAUGAGCAGGGAGUUGACCUUACCGAGUUGAAGAACUCAGAGGAUGAAUUGGAAAUUCCGUGUUUGGCGAACCCAAUUCCUGCUAAACUUGUGCCUUCCUCGGUGUUCGAGAAAGACUCACUGACUAUUUUUCUUGAACAUGCUCGGAUAUUGACUGAGGCUAGGGGUAUUUUGAUCAAUACAUUUUUAGAGUUCGAAUCCUAUGCAAUUAACUCUCUGUCAGAUGGUAAAACCCCUCCCGUGUACCCGGUUGGUCCCAUUGUGAAACAUGUAGGAGGUGGUGGUGAUCUGCGGUCGGAUGAGAGCAACAAUUAUAGGGACAUCAUGGAAUGGCUUGAUGAUCAACCUCCGUCAUCGGUUAUGUUCUUAUGCUUUGGAAGUUGGGGAAGCUUCAAAGAGAAACAAGUGAAAGAGAUUGCAAUUGCACUUGAGCAUAGCGGGCAUCGGUUCUUAUGGUCUCUACGCAAACCUUCACAGAACGGUAAAAAGCAAUCUCCGAGUGAUUAUGAAGAUUUUCAAGGUAUUUUACCUGAAGGUUUCUUAGAUCGAACAGCUAUGAUUGGGAAGGUAAUUGGAUGGGCUCCACAAGUGGAAAUCUUGUCUCAUUCAGCCGUGGGAGGAUUUGCAUCACAUUGUGGAUGGAAUUCUACACUAGAAAGUGUAAGAUUUGGUGUUCCAGUUGCCACUUGGCCAUUAUAUGCAGAGCAACAAUUUAAUGCUUUUCAAAUGGUAAUUGAGCUAGGAUUAGCCGUGGAAAUUAAAAUGGAAUAUUGGAAGGAUUUUUAUGGCGAUACUGAAAUAAUUGUGAGCAGUGAUGAUAUAUUGAAAGCUAUAAAGAGUGUUAUGGAAGAAGAUAGUGAGGUCAGAAAGAAGGUAAUGGAGAUGAGUAGAAUAAGUGAAAAAACCUUGGUGGAUGGAGGAUCCUCAUUUUCUUCAUUAGGUCGUCUAAUUGAAGAUAUGACGGAAAACAUGUCAUGAAUCAAUUGUUUUGAACUUUCCGGUCGUCUAAUUGAAGAUAUGACGGAAAACAUGUCAUGAAUCAAUUGUUUUGAACUUUCCUCUAAGCAAUCUCUAAAAAAGAAAGGAAUAGUUUUCCAUUGUUUUUGCUUAUGAUUCUAUGUAAUGGUAGCAAUUUAUGUAGUAAGAAUGAUUGUCAUGGUCAAUUAAUCAAUAAAUGUAUUUUCCUUAGAAAGCA